UUCACAUACGCACUCUUCAAGAGGCAGGGAGGCUGCAGAGCAAGAACGCCAAGAAAAACAUGGAGAAGAUGAAGAGCGUAGCCCCAUACUUGGGGAUGGUAAUAGCACAAACUGCUCAAGUAGGCCUAAUUAUUGUAAGCAAAGAAGCCAUGUCAAAUGGGAUGUCCAAAUACGUUUUUGUCACCUACUCCAACGCUCUUGCUUCCCUAAUUCUCCUCCCCACUUCUUUUCUAGUUCACAGAUCAAAUAGGCCUCCCCUCACUUUCAAACUGGUCAGUGGGUUUUUCUUGCUGGGUGUUCUGGGGUGCACUGCUCAGGUAACAGGAUAUGCUGGAAUUGACUAUACCUCUGCGUCAUUUGCUUCUGCAAUGCUCAACCUCAUCCCUGGUUUCACAUUUGUUCUUGCUGUAAUUUUCAGGAUGGAGAAAGUAGAUUGUAGAACCUCAAGUACUAUUGCCAAAUCAAUUGGUACCAUAGUGUCAAUUGCUGGAGCCUUCAUUCUGACUCUCUACAAGGGCCUCCAAAUCCUGAUGGCCUCAUCAUCGCCAAUAACCCAUUAUGAUCUUCUAUACCAGCAACAAUCCAACUGGGUCUUGGGUGGACUUUUUCUUGCUAUAGACUGUUUAGCGGCUUCAAUGUUUAUCAUUGUACAGGCACUUAUCCUGAAGGAUUUCCCAGCAGAUUUGAUCAUGGUCUUCUUCUACUGCUUCUUUGUGGCCAUUCUAUCUGCAGGGAUUUCUCUCGUUUCAGGUGACAAUCUAAGUGCUUGGACACUACAACCUACUAUGAGACUGCUUACUAUCUUAUACUCAGGAAUUUUUGGUUCUGCUCUACAAGUCAGUUUGUCUGCAUGGUGUGUUCACAAAAAGGGACCCCUUUUUGUUGCUAUGUUUCAUCCCCUGGGCAUAGUCAUUGCAGCUGCCUUUAAUAUUAUCAUUUCAAAAGAUGCUUUUUAUGUUGGGAGUUUGGUGGGGUCAAUUCUUAUUGUCAUUGGGUUUUACUCUGUGAUGUGGGGAAAAGCAAGAGAAGGGAAGGUUGUUGAGGACCAAUUGCGAGGAAGCACAGUAUUCAAUGCUGAAAGUUCUCCCCUUUUGCAAAAUCAAGAUCCCUAAAGAUUGAAGAUUAGUAUGUAUCUAUUGCCACAGAAGUAAGAGAAUAAAGAAGUAAAAGCAGGUUUAGUACGUGUUGCAUGUAGAUCGUAAAAAACAAUGAAGCUUGUGGAGCAAAGAAAGCACCGUGUAGGAGAUUCUUGCCUUGAAGGAGGCUUGUAGGGUUGGAGCCAGAAACUAGACUACCCUCUUGAGGGGAGUGCAGCAAUACGCAAAACCAUCAAAUGGAAUCAUUUGAGUUUUAUCAGUGGGUGUGAGGCAUCCACAAGUACAACAUUAUCGGCAGGAAAGCGGGAUGGGGUCUUGUCAACGAUGAACUUUAUACCUGGAUUACUUUGUCAUCCUCUUCUUUUUUUGUAGGUAGCAUCUUUUUUUUUCCGCUUCCUCUUCUUAUAAAGGAGGGAGCAUUGUACAUCAAUUGUAUAUGAUAAGGAUUAUCAAAAGGAUUCUCUAUGACCAUUUCCGUGGUC